AUGAUCUUUGGCAGCAAAUCUGUGUCCUUCGACCCAGAGAAGGACAUCCCGUCCCUCAUCGGAAAGGUCAUCCUGGUUACAGGAGGGAACGCCGGCCUUGGGAAGCAAUCAGUCCUCGAGUUUUCUCGGCACAAGCCUAAGCAAAUAUGGCUCGCCUCACGCAGCCUCGAAAAAGCUAAGGCAGCGGCCGACGAGAUCAAGCAACAGGUACCGGAUGCACCAAUCACGCUUCUGGAACUGGACCUUGGAUCCUUCGAUUCAGUGAAGAAGGCAUCCAUGAGGGUUCUAUCCGAGUCAGAUCGUCUAGACAUUCUCAUGCUCAACGCUGGCAUCAUGGCGGUCCCCCCAGGCCUGACUAAAGAUGGCUACGAGAUCCAGUUCGGAACGAAUCACAUGGGCCAUGCACUCUUGACCAAGCUCUUGCUACCAAUUUUGGAAAAGACGGCCAAGAGCAACACAGGGGCGGAUGUGCGCAUUGUUUCAAUGACAUCGUAUGGGCAUACAUACGCUCCCAAGGGAGGGUGUCGCUUGGACACGGCUAAGACCACGGCUGACAGCCUGGGAGCUUAUGGGCGCUAUUACCAGAGCAAGCUAGCGAACGUGCUUUGGAUAAGGCAGUUGGCGAAGCUGUAUCCUCAGUUCACAGUUGCAGCUAUCCAUCCAGGCGUGGUGCGUACCCAGCUCAUGGAUGGUGCGACGGCCACGCCGGCGGUUGUAAGGGUCUUGGUAAAGGUUGGAAACAAGUUUCUCAAGUCUGUCGAGCAAGGUGCCAGAAACCAGCUUUGGGCUUCGGUGUCAAAUGAUGUCAAGAGUGGGGAGUACUAUGAGCCUGUAGGUAUUGGGGGUUUGGCGAGCGACGACGGAAAGGAUGAUGGCUUAGCGAAGAAGUUGUGGGAUUGGACCGAAGAGGAGCUGAAAGAGCAUUCAGUGUAA